GAGAAAGGACACAGAAUGGCUCUAAUCGAAUUCAUUCUCAUUUUUGUGCUUCAGUUUGAAGGCAUCAGCGGACAACGCAUCAAUCUCUUCAACAGACCUGGAGAUGAUGUCAUUCUGCCCAGUGACGGUGCAUCAGUCUCUGACAGUGAUUGCUCCACCGUUACCUGGCUUUACAACAGAGAUAUGUUUCAGGCAACUAUUGCCGUUAUCGAGCCAAAUGUUAGGAGACCGUCAGUCCGAGCUGCCAGGCUGAGUAUGGACACUAACUGCUCUCUGCUCAUCAACAACAUCACUGAUGAGGAUGCUGGUCUCUACAACCGUCAACAGGCCAAUAAAGUGGAAAUUUUUGUGCGUCUAAAUAUUUUGACAAUCACACCAUCUACACCAGAUGCUGAUCCAAAGAGAGAUGGAAAUAUCACAUUAAGGUGUACUCUGCUGUCAUAUGACAAGUGUCGAGCAAACAGCAUCCGUUGGGUGAAUGAGACAGGCUCUGUGCUGCGUGGUGAAGGUCUCGGAUACAAAGUCACCGUACAGAAAGACUGUGCCUCUGUUCUGACUGUGACGCAUCAGAGUGGUCCCAACAGAAAAUACACCUGCCAGCGGGUUGAUGAGAGGAACAAUGUCCAGAUAGAGGAUCACUACACGCCUGUUUUCAAAGAUCCCUCUCCUGACAUGAAAGCUGUGGUGGUGGUGGUGCUGCUGGUGGUGGUGGCGGCAGUGGUCGUCGUCAUCAUCACUGCUGUUUUCAUCAAAUUCAGAAAGAGAGACACAACAUCAGAGAAUGGUAUUCAAAACACAGUCAAUCCUCCUGAUCCUCAUCAACCUCAGGAUGAGCCAAGCGGCAGUCUGACCUAUGUCACUGUGAACCAUGCCAAUCAAAAGACAACUUCCAAGAAAAAAGUCACAGAGGAGCAGGUGACUUAUUCUACAGUCAAGACUCCGGUGAACACAAAAGCAGACACUGAUCCCAACAGUAUCUACUACAAUAUCAACUGGUAAAAAUAAAUGAGAGGAAACAGGGAAGAGGAAAUGAGACUACUUGUAAUGUAGUUGUAGCAUUAAUAAAAACCUGUUGAGUGGUUUGUGGAAGGGAGAGGAUUUGUGACUCAGUGUUCUUACCAAACAUUGAGUAGUUGUUUCUGGUUAUUGUUGGAUUUGCUUUGCUCAGCAGGAAUAGUUGGUGAUCCAUCACUUAACGAGUGUAUGAUCUUUAAAUAGACUUAGAAUUAGCAGCAUCAUUGUCGUCUACAACAGGUGAAAUUACAAGUUCUUAUAGUGAUUGAUUGCAUCUUUUUAGGUAAGAAAAAAAUACAAAAAAAACAAUGUUAAUAGUUAAAUAAGCUCUUGCUGUGAGAGAAUCUUUAUUUUGCAAUUAUUUUAUGAACAUAUUGUUGCAUUCAAAUGUGCCCAACCUUGGGAUUUAGCAUUGUAAGUGGUAGGCUGUGAGCCUUACUUAUUAUUUUUAUGUUUGAAGCACUUCAUAGUGUUUUAAUUUUGUGUCAUAUUGCAUUA